UACACCACAACUUUCACCAAUGCCACCAAGAACGCGCAGACAACGAGCCCAGGCGGCCCAACAAAGCGAGGAGAUUGCAGAGAUUCAAGUCCAGAAAGCGCUGCUCAACUUUGAUGAGGAGAUCGAGCAAGACAAUGACGAGAACAUACACGUUAAUAGUGAUAAUGAUAGGGACUAUGAGGAUGAGACCGACGAAAACUCGUUCAACUUUCCUAUAGUGCCCCCACCACUCCGUUCCCUAACAAAUCCACUUCGGACGCCCUCGCAUGAAGACGCGCUUCGUGACAUCACCGAUGAGUUCUUUCAUCCACCUUCACCGUCUCCGAUCAAAGCAGUUCCCGUGUUUGGAAGCCUCAAACCACCUCGAAGACCAAAGAAACCAAAAAGCCUUGCAUUUCCGCAUGACCCACCAAACUGGCAGCCAACAUCACCACUUCCCCCUAGCUCGCCGCUCGCCUCGACUUCUACAUGUGGACCACAGAACUACGCGUCAACGUCGCAUGCGAAUGCUUACGAGUACAACAUGACCGCAUUUUAUCGACGCGCGCAAGAGGUGGAACUUAGAAGUGGUGAUUCUGACCCAUUCGGCUUUUUUGCGGCAGAGAAGGUGCUGAAAGAACGACGCGCUGCACGUCUACCAAGCGAGAGGCCUACACACGUUCAAUCUACCGCUUCACGUGCCACACCAUAUUCUACGCGUACCAGAACACAGCUAAAUCGCGCUACGUCUACUCCAACGCGCCCAGCCGCUUCCUCAGUCCCAAUCCCGACAAACGAUGAAGACAUCGAUGAUCUCUAUCUCGACGAACCAAUAUCGACCUCUAUGCCCGUCCCUGCACCCGUUCUACGACAUUCAUAUAUUCCAACUCCAUCGUCCUCCCCUGCUUCCCUCCGCUCGGAGAUAGCAGUGCCAGCCCUACUUAGACCUCGUCUGGACAUUUUGCAAGACCAACCCACGCGCAGUCGUGAUCCCCUCCGUACCCCGCGAAAACGUAAACGUGAUAUCGACGCCGCUACUCCCGCCUCCAGCGAUGUAAUAUCGAGUCCAUCACCUGUGAAGAUUAGCGUGACGAUUAGACAACCCCAAACACCGUCAGAUCGCCAGGAGACAGCAGAAGAGCACACUCCUGUCCCGAAACGUGCCACGCGUGCACAGGCAAAAGGGAAGGGGAAAGCGCAGGAUGAUGCACCCAAGCCUCGCAAACGUGUCCGCACUAUCAAAGACGAUUCUUCGUUGAGCCCGAGGCAGGCGUGCAAGAACUUGGAGAAACUCUUGCCGCGCAGAGCGACUACGCGAAGGGCAGCUGCCACGGCGAAAGCUGGGGGUAAAGGAAGGGUUAGGGUGGCUGUGGACCUUGUGAGUGAUAGUGACAGCGAGGAGGAGCAGAGGAAACGGAGGAAACCUGCAUCGAAGGCAAAGCCUGCUUCAAGGGCAAAGCCAACAUCAAGAAGUGCAAAACCUGUGUCAAAGGGUGUUCAAAAGUCGCCCUUGAAGAGCGGGAAGCGGGGUAAGGGCAAGGAAAAAGCAAAGCCCCUUGAGGAUUUAAUGGAGAUGUCAGAUGAUACCCGCGAGCGAUACGACCAAGAACGCCAAGCGCGCCUUGAGUACUUCCGCAAGCUAGAUGGUUACCAGAUGAAGAAGGAGAAUGUAUAUGUAGUUUGAAGUUCCUGCACACGGAACAGUGGAAUUUUCGGUUUCAUCUUGCUUUCAUUUUCACAGCCCACUGGCAAGCUUAUCUUAUGCGAUUGUUUUGCAUCAUGCGUAAAAUGUUUCGUUGCUAUCGAAUGUUCCAGCAUGUAGAUGAAGCCUCGAUGAAUGUAAUUGGGAACCGUACAGUAGUUCGCAUCUCCUUGUGGCUUCGUGUUCACUCACUA